AUGAAAGUACUGGAAAGUGUCCCUCUUUUAUUGGGGUGUUGGACUCUCUUAUACCUGGACUUUAUCCCAGCGUCACUGAGCCAUACCGGCAUUGCAGAGUGCGCACCCGAGAGCGGAGGCAAGGAGCACACAGGCGGAGCAGGUGAAGGAGCCAACCCGGGAAUUGGCUCAACUGCCAGGUCGACGGUAGGAAACUACGGCGCAGGGGGUUGGAAGUCUCUAAGUGCUGCGAGGAUCACGCGCAUUAGAACAGGACCCCCGCUGAUAAAGGGCGAGGCAGCCAAAGCGAAAGCUGUGACAUUAGUGUCAUCACCGCACAGCGUAACGGUCAGCCGUGCUCGCGGAGCUGUCAAUUUGGGGCCCAAGGAGGCUGUGCGCUAUUGGGCACCCGGCGGGGAUGCUACUAAAGCAGCAGCUGCGCCUGUUCCCGUGGCGUUGAGCAUGCAAACAGGCAAAGGCUCAGGCAGGCCUGGACAGAGCAAAGGAAACACUGUCCCCAGAGCUGCAACAUCAGCUCGAACUGGACAACAAAAGGAGGUUGACGUGCAAAAGCACAUCGCUCGGUUGGCCCAAAUGAGUGGCAAAGCAACGGGCAAACUUAACGGCAGAUACUCUCCAAAGCUCCUAUUGGUAACUCCGCAUGACUACAUGUUGUCACUGUAUUGGUCACUAUCCACAGGAGGGGUGAACACUAGUGUGCUGCACGAGGCUGGCAUGGCCAACACCAUCACAAGCUUUGUGGAUAAAGGACAAGAUGCCCGUAUUCCCCAGCUGAGAAGACAGAAGUAUUACUUCAACAUCAGUUCCCUGGAGAAGGAGGGGUUACUGGGUGCCGAGCUGCAUAUACUCAGGAAAAGACUGGCUGAUCCACACAAAGCACUUUCCACUGACAGAGUUUUCUGCCUGAAGCUGUUCACUUGUGUAGCAGGUAAGCAGAAAGCUACACUGCUCCAAACUCAAACCAUCAAGGACCACAAUUCGCCCAAAUGGGAAGUGUUUGACAUUUGGAAACUAUUCAAGAAUUUCAAGAACACCGUCCAGCUUUGCUUUGAGCUGGAGGGUUUAGAACGGGGAAGCCCCGUGGACCUCAGGGCACUGGGCUUCAGUCGUCCGGGCAGGCAAACCAAAGAGAAGGCCUUUUUCCUCAUGUUCGGGCGCACCAAGAAAAAUGACUUGUUCUACAACGAGAUCAAAGCUCGGUCGGGCCACGACAACAAGACUGUGUACGAAUACCUGUUCACUCAGCGGCGCAUGCGCCGAGCUCCAACCAACCGCGGCAAGAAGCUAGCCAAGAACCCCAAGCCUCGUUGCCACAGGAAGCAGCUGCACGUCAACUUCAAGGAGAUGGGCUGGGACGAUUGGAUCAUCGCCCCACUAGAGUAUGAGGCCUACCACUGCGACGGGGUUUGUGACUUCCCUAUUCGCUCGCAUCUCGAGCCCACCAACCACGCCAUCAUCCAGACGCUCAUGAACUCCAUGGACCCCGACUCGACUCCGCCCACCUGCUGCGUGCCUACUCGCCUCAGCCCAAUCAGUAUCCUCUACAUUGACUCGGCCAAUAACGUGGUCUACAAACAGUAUGAGGACAUGGUGGUGGAGUCCUGUGGCUGCAGGUAGCAAUGGACGAAAGACUCAUCUGAGGUCUUGGUUUUAUAGUUCAGCCUGAAAUCCUACAGAGUUUGAGUUAAAUAUUUUGAGUUAACAGAUUGUUUAACACUCGAAAGUUUUAGAACACUGAGUCAUUCGAGGGUUUUUAUUUAUUUGUACUAUUUUCUAUAUUGUAGAAUAAUAGUGAAGACAUCA